CUUGCUUUAGGUAUUUAUAACCUCCUGGGACUCUGAACCAACAGAGCAAUGAACCAUCGGAAGAAGUGCUUCCCAAUAAGCAGUAGUGGCCUUGACAACCGCGGCUUUACUCCUUUUCGUUUAGCUCUUGUCAUAUUCUCAUGCUAUCUUUCCUUACUGCUUGUGCUGCGCCCUUUCUUUUCGUUUUCAUGCGUUACCCUGCUUAAUCAGUCACUUCUUGUGCUGCACCCUUCGCUUUUCGUUUUCAGGCGUCACUCCACUCGACUAGUUCUUAUUUCUUCACUUCUUGUGCUAUGCUCGGUUCUUGCCCUUUUCGUUUUCAAGCGUCACUCCGCUUGUCAUUGCUCCCUUUUGGUUCACUGCUUGCCAUUUUCCCAACCAUUCCCUUUUCGUUACCACUGUUCCCUUUUCGUAACCGCGGUUUCCUUUUCGUCACUCAUCCAAAAAGGGUUUGUCACUGUCAUUUUGCUUCUUUCCCUGAUUGUGUGGUGUUUCUAUUUUCUUGGGUAUACCCUAAACGGAUUGCCUCUUCUUCAAAAAGUGCUAAGCGACGUUGUCGGAUAGUGUUGUGUCAAGUAUCAAAAAGAGUUAUAAAGUAGACCUGGGUAAUUUUUUGAGUAAAAGAGAAAGGCGAAAGCAUCUUUUUAUAUGAGCCACCACGAAAUUGACUGUCUACUGCCUUUACCUCGCCCAUCAUGACCUUUUUACACACA